AUGUCUGGUGUUGAUGUAGACAGUGAUUCGACGGGUAGUAUUCCUGAUAGUAUGUACACCGCCGUGUCUGGUGUUGAUGUAGACAGUGAUUCGACGGGUAGUAUUCCUGAUAGUAUGUACACCACCGGGUCUGGUGUUGAUGUAGCCAGUGAUUCGACGGGUACUAUUCCUGAUAGUAUGUACACCGCCGGGUCUGGUGUUGAUGUAGACAGUGAUUCGACGGGUAGUAUUCCUGAUAGUAUGUGCACCGCCGGGUCUGGUGUUGUUGUAGACAGUGAUUCGACGGGUAGUAUUCCUGAUAGUAAGUACACCGCCGUGUCUGGUGUUGAUGUAGACAGUGAUUCGACGGGUAGUAUUCCUGAUAGUAUGUACACCGCCGUGUCUGGUGUUGAUGUAGACAGUGAUUCGACGGGUAGUAUUCCUGAUAGUAAGUACACCGCCGUGUCUGGUGUUGAUGUAGACAGUGAUUCGACGGGUAGUAUUCCUGAUAGUAUGUACACCGCCGUGUCUGGUGUUGAUGUAGACAGUGAUUCGACGGGUAGUAUUCCUGAUAGUAUGUACACCGCCGGGUCUGGUGUUGAUGUAGACAGUGAUUCGACGGGUAGUAUUCCUGAUAGUAUGUACACCGCCGGGUCUGGUGUUGAUGUGGGAAGUGAUUCGACGGGUAGUAUUCCUGAUAGUAUGUACACCGCCGGGUCUGGUGUUGAUGUAGACAGUGAUUCGACGGGUAGUAUUCCUGAUAGUAUGUACACCGCCAGGUCUGGUGUUGAUGUAGACAGUGAUUCGACGGGUAGUAUUCCUGAUAGUAUGUACACCGCCGUGUCUGGUGUUGAUGUAGACAGUGAUUCGACGGGUAGUAUUCCUGAUAGUAUGUAA